AUGGAAUCCACAGAGAUUAAGCAGGAAAAUGAAAAUGAUAUAAUUGAUAUCACUAUGUCCGAUAAUUCGGAAGGCGUGGAACAAUUGUCGGUAGUAGCAGAUUCCACCAAGGAUAACCUAAAGGUCCAGUUAGAUGACCUAUUCAGUGAUACUGAGCCGCAAUUUGAAAUACCAAAGUCAAAUAGUCAUCAAAAUUGUACAGGCGAGCCUAAUUCUACAGAUGUGUCCGAUUCAUCAUUCCAUCUAAAGCAAGAAAUACGGCCCUCUGAUCCAGAGGUAAUGAAAACAUAUUAUCAACGUUUAUUUCCAUGGAGAUACUUGUUCCAAUGGCUUAAUCACUCUCCUGUUCCUUCCAACGAUUUUGGUCAUCGAGAAUUCGCUUUUACCUUGCAAAAUGAUGCUUAUCUAAGAUAUCAAUCAUUUCCUACCUCUGAUCUUAUUCGAAAAGAUGUUCUACGGCUGCAACCUACUCGGUUUGAGAUUGGACCUAUUUACAACACAAAUCCCAGAGAUCGAAAGACGUUAGCUAAAUCUUCGGCCUUCAGGCCAAUCGAGAAAGAACUCUGCUUUGAUAUUGACUUAACUGAUUACGACGAUAUUCGCACGUGUUGUGAAAAAGCCAACAUUUGUAGGAAGUGCUGGAAAUUUAUCACAAUGGCUAUGAAGGUUUUGGAUGUGGCAUUGAGAGAAGAUUUUGGAUAUAAGCAUAUAUUAUGGGUAUAUUCAGGGCGUAGAGGAGCUCAUGCAUGGGUUUGUGACAAAAACGCCAGAAAUAUAGACGAUCAAAAGAGGAGAGCUAUUGCAAAUUAUCUUGAGAUUAUUAAGGGAGGAGCAAAGAGUGGAAAGAAGGUGAAUCAAAAGAGGCCUUUACAUCCACACACCCUGCGAAGUUUAGAAAUCCUAAAGAAUCAUUUCCAGAAUGAUGUUCUUCAGGAUCAGAACCCGUGGGAAGCAGAUGAAAAGUUUGUGCGCCUUCUGGAUCUACUUCCUGAUCGGACUUUGAAUGAAGCAUUAAUGAAAAAGUGGAGUUCAGCACCCGGUCGAGCAUCAAGUGCCAAGUGGGCGGAUAUAGAUACCCUCGCCAAAACUGGUGCAAGCAAAUCCUUGGAUGCUAAAAUGCUGUUAGAAGCGAAGCAAGAUAUAGUUCUCGAAUAUACAUAUCCAAGACUAGAUAUUGAAGUUAGCAAACACCUCAACCAUUUGCUGAAAAGUCCUUUUGUUAUUCAUCCGGGAACAGGAAGGGUUUGCGUCCCUAUUGAUGCUAAUCAUUGCGAAGAUUUUAACCCUCUUACUGUCCCUACAGUAACAGAUCUUCUUAAAGACAUUGAUGAAUGGUCUAACACUAGAGAGCAGAAUUUUGGGGAGAGUGCCAGGAAAUUGAACGACUGGGAGAAGACAAGGCUAAAACCUUACAUCGAAAUAUUUAGAACUUUUGUAAAUUUACUUCUGAAAGAUGAGCGAGAGGAUCACAUGAAAGACGAGACGGAGGAGAUGGUGACUACGGAUUUCUAG